AUGGAUGUCUCCGUGCUCUGGCUCUACCUGCUCCUAGUGUCCGUCCUGCUCCUUUUCUUGGUGCCGACAGCCGAGUCUACUUUGCUCCUGUGGGCCUGCAUAUACCGACUAGAGAUCUGCCCUUUUAAGACCACCACCACAGGCACAUAA